UUAACCCCUUCUCUCUCUCUCACUCUUUCCCUCUCUCGUGUCUCGGCCUCUCACUCGCCGGCGAGCAGCAACGGCAAGCAGAUCCGACGGGGCGCGCAAAACCACCCUGCAGCGUUCCCCUGCGACAGCCGGUGACUCGCGGCGGUAGUAAAUCCUCGAACGAACGGCAACCUUCGCUAAGGUUCACACGUCAUGGCUCUGCGGACAGUGACUAGAAGGUUUGGAAGUAAAUUUUUGCCAAUGUUUUCUUCUACCAAUCUAUUACAUUCACAUGCUACAAGUUUUGGGUUCAAAGAAGUGCCCGAAGAGGAAAAAAGCCGACUGGUUGGUAAUGUCUUCACCAAUGUUGCUUCAAACUAUGAUCUAAUGAAUGAUUUGAUGAGCGCUGGAUUGCAUAGAUUGUGGAAAGACAGACUCGUGUCCGAGCUAAAUCCCUUUCCAGGAAUGAAGCAUCUUGAUGUAGCUGGUGGUACAGGUGAUGUUGCUUUCAGGAUUCUAGAAAGUAUAAAUGAUAUCAAACGUAGAGCAAUGCAAGAUGUUCGGGAGGAUGAUUUGCAAGAGGAAACUCAAAUAUAUGUUUGUGAUGUCAACCCAAAUAUGUUAAAUGUUGGUAAAAAUCGAGCCAUAGAGAGAGGUCUGGGAGAAGAAAAAUCUCUUAUAUGGGUGGAAGGAGAUGCAGAAGCUUUAAGUUUUCAAGAUAAUUCAAUGGAUGGUUAUACAAUUGCAUUUGGAAUUAGAAAUGUUACGCACAUUGAAAAAGCUCUAGAUGAAGCUUAUAGGGUUCUAAAACGAGGAGGAAGAUUUCUUUGCCUCGAGCUAAGCCAUGUUGAAGCGCCUGUAUUUAAGGAAUUAAACGAGAUUCAUUCAAAAGGAGGGAGAGGGAGAAAGCAACCCAAGGCCAAAGAGAUAGUGUCCCCAAAAAAGGGAUGUAACAAACACCACCCUGAAUCUAGAUAUGACUAUUAUUCAUUCUCUAUAAUUCCAGCCGUUGGAGAGCUAGUUGUAGGUGAUCGGGAAUCUUACCAAUACCUAGUUGAAAGCAUCCGUCGAUUUCCCUCACAGGAGAAGUUUGCUUCCAUGAUUGUCGAUUCAGGCUUCCAGAAGGUCGAGUACGAAAAUCUUGUUGGAGGAGUUGUUGCAAUCCAUUCAGGCUUGAAACUUUAGAACUUAGCUUUUAUAUCCACUUGUAACUUAGAAUUACGACCAAGAGGAUGGUUCUCUUUUCCUAAUCAUCUCAUCCAAUAAUUAGUUAAUGGAUGAGUUCCUAACUAGCAAAUAAGGGCCCGUUGGCUACUUUUAAGAAAUACGUUUAUUUACUUUUAUUUACUUUUUUAUUUUGUCUUUAAAAUUCUAGUUGAGAAUUUUUAAAUUUUGAAAAGAUUGG